AAAAAAAAUUUUAAAAGGUUAAGGAUGUAGCUCCAUGUGAAGGCCUGGGUUCAGCCCCAGGUGUGCACCCCACAAACUCAUGCACAAACAGUUGGUAUAGCCCUGUGGUGGAACGCAUGCUUACUGUGCAAGAGGCCCUGUUUCAAACCUCAGCACUGUGCAAACAAACGAGCCUUGUGGCCCGCACGCACGCAGCUACAGGAUCAGCACACCAUCCACCAGCACAGUAAUCCUCGGAGUUCACAGAAACUGCUCAAGCUGCUGUUUCCCAAAUUCUUCUGGCCUGCAUAGUACUUUCUUCUCACCGAGAAGACAUUUCACUUUGUGCCCAAGGAGCAGGCAGGCUCCUGACCUUUACUGAGCGCCAUGCUCAGCUCAGUGAAAGGUCGGGCGGGACAGGGGACCCACAGAACACUGGUGGCCCCAAGAGGAAGAGUAGGCAGGGGGAGGGACAGAGCUGAGAGGCCAGGCAGCGGUGGGUUAGUCAUCGGCACCAGAGGGUGGGUGUGCCGCAAGCUCCCGGAAGCUGAGGCAGCCGCAUGGUGAGGGAGGGAGGCUGGGCUGGACGAGUGGCACUGGCUGCCAGGGGCUUGGCUCCUCGGGCCAGUCGUGGAGGCAGGUGAGGUCGAAGUUCCUCGUGCUCUGGCUCCCUGGCCCGGCCCUGAAUGGGCCCCUCUGAGGAUGACGCUGUGUGCAGAGGCUCUGACCGCUGGCAGCUGGAGCCCACACUCCCAUGCCCCGGCUCUGCGCCCCCGCCCGGCCGCCGCCCUGGAGGUGACCGCCAUGCCCAGGCCUCGGAGCGCCCCCUGACGCCUCGGCCUUGCUCCACCGCCACGGGCACCAUGCUGUCCGCCAACCUCUCCGAGUUCUCCAACUUCUCGGCCAACGCGUCCUCCCCGUGCCCCGACUAUCGGGCCUUCCACCAGCUGCACAUGGUGGUCUACAGCCUGGUGCUGGCGGCCGGGCUGCCCCUCAACGCGCUGGCCCUCUGGGUGUUCCUGCGCUUGCUGCGCGUGCACUCGGUGGUGAGCGUGUACAUGUGCAACCUGGCGGCCAGCGACCUGCUCUUCACGCUGUCGCUGCCCCUGCGCCUGUCCUACUACGCGCAGCACCACUGGCCCUUCCCCGACCUCCUGUGCCAGGCGGCGGGCGCCGUCUUCCAGAUGAACAUGUACGGCAGCUGCAUUUUCCUCAUGCUCAUCGGCGUCGACCGCUACGCUGCCAUCGUGCACCCGCUGCGGCUGCGCCACCUGCGGCGGCCCCGCGUGGCGCGGCGAGUGUGCCUGGGCGUGUGGGCGCUCAUCCUGGUGUGCGCCGUGCCCGCUGCCCGCGUGCACCGGCCCUCGCUCUGCAGCCACGCGGGCCGCCGCUGGCGCCUGUGCUUCGAGAGCUUUGGCGACGAGCUGUGGCGCGGCCGGCUGCUGCCGCUCGUGCUGCUGGCCGAGGCGCUGGGCUUCCUGUUGCCGCUGGCGGCCGUGCUGUACUCCUCGUGCAGGGCCUUCUGCGUGCUCGCGCGGCCCGACGCCCCGCAGAGCCGGCGGCGGCGCAAGACGGUGCGCCUCCUGCUGGCCAACCUGGUCAUCUUCCUGGUGUGCUUCGUGCCCUACAACGCCACGCUGGCCGUGUACGGGCUGCUGCGCGGCGACCUGGUGGCGGCCGGCCGCGGGGCCCGCGAGCGCGUGCGCGGGGUGCUCAUGGUCAUGGUGCUGUUGGCCGGCGCCAACUGCGUGCUGGACCCGCUGGUCUACUACUUCAGCGCCGAGGGCUUCCGCAACACCCUGCGCGGCCUGAGCGCCCCGCUGCGCGCCCGGGCCCGCGGAGAGGCCGCGCGCCCGGGCGGGCUGGGCGCCACCGGCCAGGCGCUGUUGCGGACCCCGGACCCCGGGCCGCCCGCGACCCCAGCCCUCCAGGACUCGGCCCUCUGAAGCGCCCGGCCGGGGACAGCGUGGGCUCCCGUCGGGGGAGGGUGGAUGGGCCGCCCGGCUAGUGCUCCCGGAGGCAAAAGCGAACGCGU